AGCCAGGAGUCCGGAAAGGAGCGAGGCCAAUCUAGGAGCCGCUGCCGCCACCAGAGUAGGGCUAGCGGCGCGGCAGAGCGCGGCGCAGCGCGGCGCACCGCCUGAGGUUUUGGUUAUGAACAGGAUUCGGAUUCACGUCCUGCCAACCAAUCGGGGGAGGAUCACUCCAGUGCCCAGGUCUCAGGAACCUCUGUCUUGUGCAUUCACUCAUCGUCCAUGCUCUCAGCCUCGUCUGGAGGGGCAGGAGUUUUGCAUUAAGCAUAUCCUUGAAGACAAGAAUGCACCCUUCAAGCAGUGUAGUUAUAUAUCGACGAAGAAUGGAAAAAGAUGUCCCAAUGCUGCCCCAAAGCCAGAGAAGAAAGAUGGGGUGUCCUUCUGUGCUGAACAUGUCCGUAGGAAUGCCCUGGCACUUCAUGCUCAAAUGAAGAAGACCAACCCAGGGCCUAUGGGUGAAACACUCCUGUGCCAGCUCAGCUCAUAUGCUAAGACAGAGCUGGGGUCUCAGACUCCAGAAAGUAGUCGCAGUGAAGCCAGCCGAAUACUAGAUGAAGACAGCUGGAGUGAUGGGGAGCAGGAACCCAUUACUGUGGAUCAGACAUGGAGAGGUGACCCUGACAGUGAAGCUGAUAGCAUAGACAGUGAUCAAGAAGAUCCCUUAAAACAUGCUGGUGUCUACACGGCAGAAGAAGUGGCCCUGAUUAUGCGUGAGAAGCUAAUUCGUUUGCAGUCUUUGUAUAUUGAUCAGUUUAAACGACUUCAGCAUCUGCUCAAGGAGAAGAAGCGCCGGUACUUACAUAAUCGCAAAGUGGAACAUGAAGCUCUAGGCAGUAGUCUCCUGACUGGCCCAGAGGGACUUUUGGCCAAAGAACGAGAGAACUUAAAGCGAUUAAAAUGUCUGCGUCGAUACCGCCAGCGCUAUGGAGUGGAAGCCUUACUGCAUAGGCAGUUGAAGGAACGGAGAAUGCUGGCCACAGAUGGUGCCGCCCAACAGGCGCAUACCACUCGUUCCAGUCAGAGGUGCUUGGCCUUUGUGGAUGAUGUUCGUUGUUCCAAUCAGUCUCUUCCAAUGACCAGACACUGCCUUACCCAUAUUUGUCAGGAUACGAAUCAGGUUCUCUUCAAGUGCUGCCAGGGAUCUGAAGAGGUACCCUGCAACAAACCUGUUCCUGUAAGCCUCUCUGAGGAUCCCUGCUGCCCACUGCAUUUCCAGUUGCCUCCUCAGAUGUAUAAGCCCGAGCAGGUACUGUCUGUGCCAGACGAUCUGGAAGCCGGCCCCAUGGAUCUGUACUUGAGUGCUGCUGAGCUUCAGCCCACUGAGAGUUUACCUCUGGAGUUCAGUGAUGACUUGGAUGUUGUGGGUGAUGGUAUGCAGUGUCCUCCUUCACCUUUGCUUUUUGAUCCUUCACUAACCCUUGAAGAUCAUUUAGUCAAAGAAAUAGCUGAAGACCCAGUGGAUAUUUUGGGCCAGAUGCAGAUGGCUGGAGAUGGGUGCAGAUCCCAGGGAUCUCGAAAUUCUGAGAAAGCCUCUGCACCAUUGUCUCAGAGUGGAUUGGCUACUGCAAAUGGGAAGCCAGAACCCACUUCUAUUAGUUGAUAGUUUGGGGAACCAUUUUACUUUGGUGGAUUUAAAUUUCUCAUUCUUCAAAGAAAUAUUUCUGAUCAUCUCUCGCAAAACACAGGCAACCCAGACUAUCUUGUUUUUCUUCUGGAUUGAGUAUUAUAGUCAAAAGUAAAGCCAAAUUUUGAGGACAUGGACCAAUACUUCUUAAAAGUUGUGGGUUUCUUCCCACUCAGGGCAAGGAAGAGAGAUAAUCCCUAUCAAAGCUUCUGGGAUUAUUUGGUACUAUACCUAAAAGGAAAGUGACAUCUUUGUAAUGGGAUUUCCAAAGUCAUGGAUAGAAAUCCACUUAAGUAGCUAGGUGGGAGCUGUCUUUGUGAGUAGUGUCUUUUAGAUACUGAUGGCCCUAAUAUCUGGUUAUCUCUAUCUAAAGACCUGCAGUUUAACUUUUCUUCACCUCUACUUAAUUGGGCAAUCUUUAACCUGUUUCCGUGGUGAACUCUGGCUUUUAUCCUCUGAGAAAACAGCCCACAGGACUGGGUCCUCCUUAUCCAUCUUGCUUUUAACCUAUGUAAAUUUCGGUGGUUGCUAUCUUAUGUAAAAUAUAGUACAAAUUUAUUGUAUAUAGUUUCUAUUAAAUGUUAAAGAAAAUGUUAUGAAAAUAUCAAACAGUCACCUGAAUUGAAUGCAUGUUUUGUUUGAGAAUAUAGUCUCUCUUUCGCGGUUUUAGGGACCUGUCUCUGAUGGGAAAGGGAAGUUGGGGCAGAUAAUACUUCCACCCCAGGAAAAAAUAAAUCUUCAGUAGUUCAUUUUGGUUUUGCUUUUAAGGAAGAAGUAAAUGAAAAGGGGCAGGACUUAUUAAAGCCAAUCAGUUCCAAA